AUGGAACUCACAAAUGAGCUCUGCCGACGCACCGAAGAAUGCCUCUCCCUUUUCGAAGAUGCAUCAAGGCACCAAGCACUUGCCGACGAUGACUGGUUCGAAGACCGGGCUGCCGACUUUGUGUGGUGGUCGCACGGCUUGAAAGCCCAAAAAACUGGCCGAAGCUCUCUUGAUUAUCGACUAAGAGACCGACCAGACAUCCAAAAAGUCAUUGCAGGCCUGCUCGAUAGCUUGGCCCAGGCGCUGAAGGAAUGUCUACAACCCGAAACAGAUGAGGGCCAAGGCUCGAUCCACGAUGACCACGAGGACAAGGCUUCCGAGUCCGACAGCAGUUCGAGUGGUUCGUCCUGGUCCGAAUUCUCAGACGAAGUCAAUCAGUCAAAGGACAAGGACGAAGCAGACACCCCAAAUACCGAGGAUUCUGACCCCAGGUUCUACAUUGAAACCAACUUGAAGCUGCUAGCAAAGAUAUCCAUCGCCAUUAGAAGAUCGGGGGCAAAGCUGCGCUACUUGAAAGCUGAUACCUACCUGAAAGCUCACUCAGACGAUGAUGAGUACACGCAGCUAAGGAGCCAUCUCUUCUUCCUGAUUCUAGUCGGACCCUACGAACAAAAGCUUUUCGGCGAGCUUAGACGUCGAGCCACCAAUCAGCAACUACCGAAGGUUGUUGAGAUCGUGAUCCGUUCAUGGAUUGUUGAUCCCUCCCGGGCGACAUCGAACCAGCAACAGCUUGUCGAGACCAACAUCACAAGAAGGAAUAGGAUUGCAUACGCGAGACGCUUCAUCAGCAAGGGUGCUGACCCAACCAAGAGCAAAGAAGCAGCGGCUCCGACGAUCGUCCCUUCACCACUCCCAGAUGCCGUGCUUCGGCCAGCCAAAGAGCCAAGCACUUUCGGCGCCGAUGCACAAGAGCCAUUCCCAAUUGCGGACCCCAUCCAAGCGUUGCCCAUAUCCCCAGAGCCUGCGAAAUCUCUGACUGCAAAGACUUUGACAGCGACGGAGCUAGGUUCACAAUUCGUCCUGCCAGUGAUCGUGCCAUUCGAGCCCAAGAAGGGGGCCAUGUCGGUCGCGACCAAGAUGACGCAAACCGGCAUCAAACAAGACUAUCCAGCAUGCCCCGGCAAGAAGGGCAGCUUCCAGUGCCCGUACUGCGUGCAGGUUCUGUCCGAGGACUACACAGCAAAGUCCAGAUGGCGGGGUCAUGUCGCGCAAGACUUGAAUCCGUAUUCAUGCAUUUACCAAGGGUGUCCAGAUUCUCAUGACCUGUAUGCUACCAGGGAGGAAUGGAUCAAGCACAUAAGGAGCCAACACAACGAGGAGCGCUGGGUUUGUGACGAUUGCAUUUUCGAGAGCGGCCAGGACGACGAAUUCAUCUUCGACAGCCAGGAGCUAUGGGAGAGCCACAUGAGGUCCCGCCACAGCUGCCCCGAUGAUCGCUUGACACUCCUUUGCAACAUGAGCAAGAGAAAGCUCGUCGAAUUGACCGGGUGUCCUCUUUGCAAACGGCCAUGUGGACAUUCAAGGCCAGAUGAAGAUGACCACAUUGCAGAGCAUCUUCAUUCAUGGGCAUUGAGAGCCCUUCCUUGGGACUUGAACCCGGAUGACGAAGCAUCUUCUGAUUCACCCGAGAUGGGAUCUGAGGACGACUUGGCAAGGAUGUCAGAGAUGAGCGAACUCCCCGAAGACGAAACCGACAACAUCACAGCAACAACAUCAGACGCAAUCGAGCGCGAGGUGGCUCGCUGGAGGGCUCACCAGACGCACGGGAAUUUUGUCCCCUCGGAUGGGUUCUACAGUUUGGCCGCGGCUUUUGAAGACAUUAUUGGGAUAUGGUCACCUCAUGCCCAGCUUGACACACAGAACGAGACUGCGCUGCAGUAUCUCAUCAACAUCAACCAAGCUAUGGCUCAGUUGUAUCAUGACUCGGAAUUCACUGCCCAACAGCGGCGAGACAUGGAGGAUAACUUGCGCAUUAGCAUCGAGCUUGGUGUAGAAUACAUGACUGGGGUAUUAAGUGCGGAAGAGGAGGAGCCAUAUCGGGAGCCCUCCAUUGACGCAGAUGAACCUGAAAGACCCAAGGCACCACCACCUCCUGCAGUGGUCGGAAUACCCAAGGUUACAGGCGAGAACAUACCUCCAUCGGAUGACGAACAGGGGGCUAUACUGGAAAACGCUCGACAACAUGUUCUCCACUCCAACGACCCGGAAAUGCAGUUAGUCUGGGCUCGUGACGUUUUGGCUUGGGCCAUGACAGCUGAAAAGGUCAGGAGGAGGGAGCUAGAUACCCAGACACUCCUAGACACGGUACAACAACCCAGGCUUGACGCUUUGAAUAUCUUCAAGUACUUGGCCCAACAAGGCCAUCCAGAGGCUCUCUAUCAGGAAGGCAAAUGGUUUGAGCUGGGACAAUUUGGUUGCGCAGUGGAUAUUGACCAGGCAGUCGACAGAUACCGCCGAGCGGCGGACGGUGGCUCCGCGCGCGCUCAUUAUCGCUUGGGCAAGCUACAUCAGCGAGAGUGGGAUGACUGGGAGACGGCUCUCAAGCACUACGAGAAAGGCGAGAAGCUGGGAGAUCCUGCGGCAAGCCUCCACCUAGCCUUUAGAUAUCUGCACUCGAGCCAUUUCGAGGAGCCAGAUGUAGAAAAAGGGUUGGCCCUGUUGAAACAGUCAGCGGACAAUGCCGACCAGGACGCUCCUCAAGGCGCCUACGUCUACGGAUUGGCCCUAUUGGGAGACCUGCCGGGUUUAGCCAUAGAUGAGUCUUUGUUACCCAAAGACACAAGCAUGGCUUUCAUUUACAUCGAAAAGAGCGCGUUUUACGGGUACCCCAAGGCGCAGUGGCGCAUGGGAGUUGCAUACGAGAUGGGGACCUUGGGAUGUUCUGUGGAUGCAGCUACGUCCAUACACUACUUUCAUCUCGCAGCAAGGCAGGGCUGGGGAACGGCAGCCUACGACUUGAGUCGCUGGUUCUUGCCAGGCACAGGGAAAGAGGACCAGGUUGUGCCAGACCCGGCACUAUCGUUCAAGUUCGCUCAAUGGGGAGCAUUUGAGGACGACGGUGGAUCGAAAUACAUGAUGGGCUACCAUUAUGAAACUGGCACGCACGUGCUAGAGGAUAUUGACGAGGCGAGGAAGUGGUACGAGCGCGCCUCGCAUCAUGGUUGGGGUGAUAUAAGACAGUGGUCAUGCGAGCAACUCGCAGCCUUGGAGGAGCGAGAUGAAUUCUUCUUUGGGGUCUCUCUCGAUGGGCGGUCCCGCCUGGGACCUCAUGUAGACCCAAGGACACUUGUUGUCGCCAUGGACGUGGGUGAGAUGUUCUCGUCUGUGUCCUGGGCGGAUCCCUUACAGCCCUUCGACAUUGAACAUCUCGAGCUUUUCGGCAACAGGUCCUCGGUAUUUCAACCACACUCUGAAAUUCCCACGCAGUAUGACCCGGAAACUGGAGCAUGGGGGAACCCAUUCUUACAAGCCGCUCGACUGCGCAAGUUCACAAACACUCACCGACAGAGCUGUUUCUCCCUCUGGAAGGACUUGUCCAGCAGCGUUGACCAAGUUCGGGACCAGGCUCUCGGACUUCUCAAGGCUCAUGUGAGCGCCCUGUGGCAGCAUUUUUACGACAAACUUGUGGUCGAUGUAGUCGGAUAUUUUAAUAUCGUUGUUUCUCUUUCAGUGCCUCUUGGAUUUCCUUGGGACUCACACAACCGGGUCAGAGACAUGGUAUGGAAUUUGGUGGACGGGGGGACCGAUGGCAUCUACCGACUGAUUGGAGUCGAUCUCAUGAAACCGAUGGAUGCGGCCAUCUUGAAUGCGCUUAGGGCGCAACAUCGAAAGGAACAGCCACCAGGAGGCCCCAUAAGAAUGAUUGAGUCAGGAGAUGUCGUUAUUGCGUGUGAUUGUGGCGGCACUGGUGCGCGUGCUGCCAGCUACGAGGUCGUCCACGGGGUCCCUCCUCUAGUUCACCAACUCAUAAGUUGGGAUAGUGAAGAGUUUGGAACACGUGCCGUCGAUAUGGAAUUCCUUGACUAUCUGCUCAACCGUUCAGGUCUGAGUUGGAGGACAUCAUCCAAAUCCGCGCGAGAUGAGCUGGACCGGUUCAUUGUCGAGGAGUGGGAGUAUGGCAUCAAGAGAACCUUCAGGGGCGAUGAGAGAGAUGACAUCAAUCUGCAAGUGCCAAGAAGGGCCACUUCCGUCAUCGGGCGGCUUCGACGCACAUCGAGCACGCUGUCGAUCAAACCGUUCGUUUUCAUCCUCCCUGACCUGGAGCCGGACCUGCGAGCUGAUUCCAAUGCUAGAGAAACGAUCCUCAAAUUCUUCGAAAAGACUUUGGAGACUAUCGAACAAGUCAUCAACGCACAAUUUGCGGCCCUAGAUGCCAUAGGGAGAAAGCCAAAUUCCAUCGUGCUGGUCGGAGGAAUGGCCCUAUCGCCCUGUGUUUUUCGACAUCUUUGCCAAAAGUUUGACAUUAUGUUUCAUCGACCUGAUAUGGAUGGCCGUUUUUCCUUUUCCCAAGGAGUCAUGGAGCUUGAAUAUCAAAACUUGGUGGCAAACCGGUCACCAUUUCUGGCUGAAGUAGAAUAG